AUGGUGUCAUUUAAAAACAUAAUUCUGUUUGCGGGUUUAUUCGUUUAUGUCGUUAACGCAGAAAUUAAGAAACGCUUUGUGAAUGAAAUUGAUAUUCCGACGCUUGUUCAGAGACUUGAUGAUCUGACGGAGAGGGUUGCAGAGAAUGAGAGAAAAUUAAGAUAUCAUCCAGUUGCUUUUAAAGCGCAUCUUUCACAAAAAAUGGUCAGCCCUGCGCCAAACCAGAGAAUUAUAUUCGACGACGUACAGCUUAACAUCGGAAACGCCUACCACGGAAAUCUCGGUGGAUUCAUUGCCCCAGUGAACGGAACAUACCUGUUCUCCGUAUCAAUCUGUUCUGACGGCAACCACUUCAUUGUUUUAGAUUUAAUGCGCAAUUCCAAUAUGAUUGGCAGGGUCCUUGCGGGUGACACCGUGUAUAACGAUUGUUCGUCGGAAACAACCAUUGCGGAGUUGAAAUCUGGGGACGAGAUUUAUGUUCAGCACCACUUGAACGUCGGCGAUCUUCUUCAAGUCCAACAGCAUACGCUGGAUAGCUUCACCGGUGCAUUAUUAGCUGUCAUAUAAUGAUCAUUGACAGUUUUACUUACGAUAUAUUCAAACUUAUGACAGUCACGUUUCAAACUUAUGAUAUCAUCUUCUGAGAUGAAACUUCCAUGCAACCAAUUUUUAAUGA